GCCCUUCUUCCGGCCAUCAACGACUGGCGGUCGGCGUCCGUGUCGCGGGACGACUGGGCUUCGUACAACGACGCCGCCGGAGACGAGACGUCGGGGCAACCGGACAUCUUCGUCAAAACCAUAGAACACGAAAAGGUGCGCUUGGAGAUGGCUGACAAGACGUCGAGAGCAAUCACGACCAUUCUGGGCCAGGCCCCGUACCAGGCACGCGACUCCCUCGCGCUGGUUAUGGAGUUCCUCCACAGCCCAGUGGCCCUGAAGAUCUUGCAGGAGAACGUCGAGGACAUUGCCACGAAAAAGGGCGUGACCUCCAAGGUGGGCGCCGUGCUCGCCGCGCACACGGGCCACCCGGCAGACUUGGUGGGAACGAGCUUCAACCCGUGGGCCCUCGCCCACUCAAGGUUGAAAAAGUUGUCUGCCCGGAAGGCUGCCUCCGAGCUCAGGAAGAUCGCCGCCAAUAGCCGGCGAUUCCAGGAGGCGGUGAACGAGCUGGAGCACAAGGGCGGCAUGGUGGACAAGCUGCUGGCGGCCCCGGCGGGCGAGCUGGCCACCGUGCUUGCAGCAAGCCCUGGCUGGCGCAGCUUCCGGGCCAAGAACUUCUUGCGCUUCCGCCAGCCGACGAGUCGGUGCAGCGACCACGGCCGGUACGCCACCACGCCAGAGGUGGUCCUCGCGGGGUCUGGGCCGCGCCGGGUGCUCUCCCAGCGCCUGGGGACCACGGCGUGGGUGCCAGGGAAACAGGUGGCCGCCCUGGAGAGCAGCACCGCCGGCGCCCUUCAGCUCUGGUCCGCCCUGCUGCGACAGUGCGCUGGCGAGCGGGCCAAGGCGCUGGCGGCGGCGCGCAAGCUGGCCACGAAGCGCCACAAGACCCCUGCGCUGGAGCGCCUGCUGAAGUGGGCGGACAAAGCGCUGCUCCCGGACUACGGGAUGCAGUUCGCUUUCUGCGAGGAGAGCCAGCUGCUCUCCCGGCUCGCAGGCCCGGCCCCCCCAGACGAGGAGGCCGGCGACGAGAGCGACGUGGCGGCGGGCGACGACAGCGAUGCCGAGGUCGCUGCUGGGCCGGCCGCUGGCGGCGCGUAG